ACUUUCAAGUGAUAAAAACCUUUGACAAAAUUGAUAUGUCAUUAAUUUGACAAAUUAAAAUAAACACACGUGGGAAUUUUGCAAGCUGCAAAAAGGUUAUUUUUUUGCAAGUAAAACUGAAUUUUAUCAUUACUGUUAUAAUUAAGUUUUCAUACCAAUAACUAACCAAAUAUGCCCAAAGUAAGAUCAACAACCGGGGCCCCUCGGAAGCAGGGCUUCAAUAGAUCCAAUCACUCUAUGAAUCCUGAAAGACCUACAGAAGGAUUAAAAGGUGUAGGCAAUGUUCGAACUAAAGGAACUAUAAAAAGGCUACAAAUGUAUAGGAAUUUCAAAGCGAAAAGGGAUAAGACAGGAAAAAUUCUGACACCAGCGCCGUUUCAAGGAAGAUUGCCCUCUGGCACUCAGGCUAGAGUUGAGCCCAACCAAAAAUGGUUUGGAAACAGUAGAGUUAUAUCACAAAACACUUUACAAAAAUUUCAAACUGAACUAGGUAGUGCAUUAAAAAAUCCGUUUCAAGUAGUAAUGAAACCAACUACUUUACCUAUAACUUUACUAAAUGAAAAAGCCAAAAAUGCUAGAGUCCAUUUACUAGACACUGAAAGUUUUGAAAGUGUUUUUGGCCCUAAGAAAAGUAGGAAAAGACCAAAUUUGGUAGUCAAGGGAGUAGAUGAAUUAUCUGAAGUAGCUGAGAAAUUAGCUAAUGAAUAUAAUGAUGAAAAGGAUUCAAACAUAAUAAGAGAUAAUGGAGGUGUACGUGAGCUGCCUAGAGAUUGGGUUAUGGCAGCUGGACAAUCUAAGAGAAUAUGGAAUGAGUUAUAUAAAGUUGUAGAUAGCUCAGAUGUACUCCUUCAAGUUUUAGAUGCACGGGAUCCGCUAGGAACUAGGUCUGCAUAUUUAGAAAAAUAUCUGAAAACUGAAAAACCUCAUAAACAUUUGAUAUUUAUCUUGAACAAAGUUGAUUUGGUUCCAACGUGGGUUACUCAGAGAUGGGUUGCAAUUUUGAAUAAAGAGUAUCCAACAGUUGCUUUUCAUGCUAGUAUUACACAUCCAUUUGGUAAAGGAUCUCUCUUAAAUUUACUUAGACAACUAUCAACCCUUCACAUAGACAAGAAGCAAAUAUCUGUGGGUUUCAUAGGGUAUCCUAAUGUUGGAAAGUCAUCUGUAAUCAACACUCUCAGAAGCAAAAAAGUAUGUAAAGUGGCUCCGAUAGCUGGAGAAACUAAAGUAUGGCAAUAUAUAACUCUCAUGAAAAGAAUUUACCUUAUAGAUUGCCCGGGAGUUGUAUAUCCAUCAGCUGAAACGGACGUAGAAAAAGUUCUAAAGGGAGUAGUAAGAGUAGAAUUGGUGAAUGAUCCAGAAGAUUACAUAGAACAUGUUUUACAAAGGGUGAAGUCUGAAUAUAUUAGAAAAACUUACAAAAUAGAUGAAUGGUCAAGUCCCACUGAUUUUCUAGAAAAGUUAGCGCAAAGAUCAGGUAAAUUAUUGAAGAAAGGAGAACCAGAUAUAGCUAGUGUUGCAAAAAUGGUUCUCAAUGAUUGGCAAAGGGGUAAAUUACCUUUUUAUUGCUGUCCCCCAGGAUACGAAGAACCGUUAGCUAAAAUAGAUGAGGAAAUUGAAGAAUCAUCUGUAGGAGUUGUCCAAGAUUUUAGGAAAAUAAAAGUUAAUCUCUCUUUUGAAGGAGAUGAUAUCAAAAUUUUAGAACCCAUUGAAAAUCUGGAUAAAGCAGUUUCUGAAUAUAAUGAAGAUAAAUCAGAAACUACUUUGGAUGAAGGUAGUGAGAAUAAUACUUUAAACGAAACUGAAAAAACUGAUAAGGAUGAAACUGAUAAUGAUUCAGAUUCUGAUAUUAGUUUUUACUCUGAUAUGGAAACCACUGAAGAUAGUAGCAAAAUGUUCACAAAAUCUGCUAGUGGAACAUUCGAAGUAGAAGAUUUUUCAAAAAAGAAAAACAAGGAAAAGGAAAGCGUUGCUAAAAAAUUAACGAGUAAACAAAGGAGAGCUAUUGAUAGAGCACAGAAAAGAAAAAAGAUUGGUAGUAACUUUUAUGAAGUUACCAACGUUAAAAAUAGGAACAGAAAUAAGAAAAAAAAUAAUACUUGAAAAAUAUUUUAUGUAAAUAAUUUUUUUUUUAAAUGAAA